AUGGCUCUUAGAAACUCUCUAACCAUCUUCCUUGCCUUGAACAUCCUCUUCUUCGCCCUAACCGAAGCCGCUCGUUCCGGCUGUCCACCAUUGCCAUACAAACCCAAGCCUACCACCCCAACUGCUCCUGCCAUCGAGACAUGCCCAAAAGAUGCCUUGAAGCUCGGUGUUUGUGUUAACGCGCUUAACUUGGUUAAUGUGACAUUAGGUGAUCCUCCGGUUAAGCCUUGUUGCAGCCUCAUUGACGGUUUGGUCGAUCUUGAAGCUGCGGUUUGUCUUUGCACCGCGCUUAAAGCUAGCAUUCUCGGCAUCAAGAUCAACCUUCCAAUCAACCUUAGCUUGCUCCUCAACGUUUGCAGCAGAAAGGCUCCACGUGGCUUCCAAUGCCCUUAA